AUCAACACAAGGCCGAAAGAGGUGACUGCCAUUUUCCGCUAGAAAGCGACGGGAAAUCAUGUCGGAACAGCAGGUAAUAGAUAGCUGAAAGUGAUGUAAUGCUACUUACAAUUGUCAGAAAAAGUAAGGGUGUACCAUUCAUACGUAUGUUGCCAAAAUCAAGGAGUUACUCCUUACUCCUGGAUAUUUUGUCGCAUAUUGCAUAAGUAAAGUGCACGGACACGUUCUGAAGGAAUGGAUACUAGCACCGUUCCUCUCCGUGACACAGACUUCCAUGGGAACGUCAAGUUGCCUAGGAGAUUUGCGGUGCCUGGAAGUUGUGACGAUUCGGUGGACCGUCUGGAGGAUUUAGCCCGAGCGAUGACUUGGGUACGACAAGAACUGAUACAGUUGCGACAACAUGACAUUCUUUUGAAGAGACAGUUUUGCGACAUACAAGACACAAUACGUUCAAUAAAGAAAACACGAACUCCACGUCAUGAGAGUAUGUCCUCUAACUCAAGCCUACAGUCUACUGCCAGUAGUGUGGACAUAACAAUGGAGAAUUACGGUGUUAGGACGGCGACUAGUGCCACUCUACUUCAGAACUGUGAGGACUGUGCAGACGAUACGUUGUCUUAUAGUCGACCACGUACAUCAUCAAUGAAAACGACACGUGAUCUCGCUGCGCUUGCGCGGAGAAGAGGCAGUAAAGAGUUGAUCUGAUAUCAAAUUUAGUCUCUUUCAACCAGACACUCCUUGUUAAAUCCGAUCGCAACUUUUCGGGGUUUCUUUGGGCAAUCGCACCUUCUUGGGUAGCCUGGUGCAACUGCAACCACCGUGUAAGUCACUAAUUAUUAAUCAUUAAUAUUUGUUAUUGUACCAUGGGGAAAUUUCAUCAUUCAUUGUAAAAAAAAAAAAAAAAAAAAGACCAUAGAUAUAAAAAUGGAAAUUAUUGUGAUACAUUUGAGGCCCGAGAGUUGCAAUCUUGUCAAACCACUAGUCUGGGUCUUCCCGACGUUUAAAUGCGACAAGCAAUUUACAGAAUUAGCCGAGCGUCUGGUUGAACGAACGUCAUAAUACAUUUUCGAAACGUGACGUGUAAAGCUAGCCUUGAUCAUCCCGACGUUUGUGUAUACUAGCUAGUGGACCAAUGCCUUACAGGAUAUAGGAAAUGCAUACCAAUCCUAGCAGAGACCAUACAUGAUUUGCGUCCACAUCUCAGUACCAACCGACCAGCAUUUCCAAUCCUCCUUCCUUAUUGCAAAUUGAUUGUACUGCUAUUUAUCAAACAUAUAUCGUAUGUCUACAAAAAGCAAGCUUUCAAGCACCUUCAAGAUUUUUUUUUAUUAGCGACAAGAGGUAGGCACAUUGGUGACUGGAUUAAAUCAUAAAAUAUU